CAAUCAGAAUUCGCUGCGCUUUGGCGGAAGUUGGGAAUCCCCUAAAGUGUCUUUCUAGAAGCGUAUGGACCAGUGGCAAUCAUCGCUCAUCAUAAUAAAGUGUGUUAUUUCGUGGAUCCGACAGUUCCGAUUCACGGACACUUUAAAAACUUGACAAGAUGGUGUACAUGGUGGUUGAGAAGCACACAUCUGAUUUUCUCCAUCUGAAAAGAUCACCAGGAAUUAGAUCUUGGUCCCUGUUUGUUGGGAUUGUGUCAGUUGGUCUGGCAGCAGCGUAUUACAGUUCAGAUACCGUGUUAUGGAAACUGUUUUACGUAACAGGCUGUAUAUUUGUCGCCCUACAAAACAUGGAGGAGUGGGAAGAGGCGAUAUUUGACAAACAGAAUGGCGUGAUUGAGCUGAGCACUUCCAGCCUGUAUGCUAUGAUACUCACACUGUGGAAAAAAGGGCAAGAAAAAGCGUUGUUGGAUUUGCGGCACUUGCGUGAUAUAAGUGUCCAAGAGGAGAAGGUGCGCUAUUUGGGGACAGGGUAUGUACUGGUUCUUCGGAUGGCCACUGGAUUCUCGCAUCCUCUCACUCAGAAUGCUACUCUCAGUGGACGCAGCGACGUGGAAGCACUUUCUGCUCUACUGAAGCGCUUUUUGGAACUCGAGGCUUUGCAGCAAAAUCAGAUUCAGGAAGAUGAGGAUGAGGAUCGCAAUGAAGACGAUGAAGACUUCGAGCAACUGGGGAUGGAGGGGGACGAUGAGAGUAGCGAUUUAAGCGAUCAGCAUGAACAGGAAACUCAGUGACAACCGAUCACACACUGAACUUUAAUUGCCCCUUAUUUACAAAUUAAACACUCCGUCUAAAUGAUGGGCAGCUACCCGAGCACAUUUUCCAUUAUAUAUCAGUGCAUGAUUAUAAUCUGUCCUAUUGUAACCAUUUUUAUUAUUUUUUGUCUACCUCAGUAAAGAUGUCUUACAUAGAACCUCUGACAAUCUCUAAAUAGGUAGUGAGUUUGGCUAAGCAGUAAUAAUAGUAAUAAUACAGAGGAAAAAGACUGUAGAAAGGAAGAAGAAACUGUAUAGGAUGUUACUUAUAUUCAUGAAUAUUCAAUAUUCAAACUGUUGAAAAUUAUUUCCAAGACUUUGACGGAAAUUCAACAAAUGAAGCCCUUUCUUUUCCUUCAGAUGAUUUCGGUCUGCAUGAUAAAAUCUUUUUUUUUAUUUGAGUCACAAUCAUUCAUCACCCCUGAUGUCUGUACAGGUGCUAAAACUUCAAGGGCUUUUAAAAACCAAUAGAAGAGUAAUGAGAUUGUAUGUAUGUUGCAGUUUGACAUUAAUAACUAAAAAGAAUGAUUUUUGGGCUGUGUAUUUGUUGUAAAAUAUUUUAGCUCGAGGUGAUUAUAUUAAAAUAAGUCAUGAAUACA